AUGGCCCUGGAUAAAAUGGAAAAUGUGAGUUCAAAAGUGACAGUGCCCCGAGGUGAGAUAGUUGAAUUUGAAGGUGUUCCCCUCACAAAACCAAUAUACAGCACAUUGGACCGACUGUGCAAGUUCAAAGCCAGACCUGAUGAUCUGCUCAUCGCAACCUAUGCAAAAGCAGGUACCACAUGGACUCAGGAGAUAGUGGAUAUGAUCCAACAAAAUGGAGAUGUUGAGAAGUGUAGACGUGACACUACUUACAGACGCCAUCCUUUCCUUGAGUGGUCCAUCCCAGAGCCUCCAGCUCUACGUUACUCAGGCCUGGAGUUAGCUGAAGCUAUGCCUUCCCCAAGAACAAUAAAAACUCAUCUUCCUGUGCAGCUGGUGCCUCCCUCCUUCUGGGAACAAAACUGUAAGAUAAUCUAUGUGGCGAGAAAUGCAAAAGACAACUUGGUGUCAUACUACCAUUUCCACAGAAUGAAUAAAGGAUUGCCAGAGCCAGGAACCUGGGAGGAGUUCAUGGAGAAAUUCAUGACUGGAAAAGUGCUCUGGGGUUCCUGGCAUGACCAUGUAAAAGGAUGGUGGAAGGCAAAAAAUAAGCACCGUAUUCUCUACCUCUUCUAUGAAGAUAUGAAGGAGAACCCAAAGAAAGAAAUUCAGAAGAUUAUGAAGUUCCUGGAGAAGGAUCUGAAUCAGGAGGUUCUAAACAAGAUACUUCAUAACACCUCAUUUGAGGUAAUGAAGGAAAAUCCCAUGGCAAACUACACUAAGGAGUUUCAAGGAGUAAUGGAUCACUCUGUUUCCCCAUUCAUGAGAAAAGGGGCUGUUGGGGACUGGAAGAAUUAUUUCACUGUGGCACAGAAUGAGAAAUUUGAUGAAGAUUAUAAGAAGAAAAUGUCUGAUACCUCUCUUGUUUUUCGCACAGAAUUGUGA